GAACAGCUCCCACAUGUAAACAAAACAUUGGAACAGCUGAGAGAAGGCGCUGCUCCACGAGUCCCACCAAUAACCUCAUUUUCCGCUCAUUAUCUCCCUACCACGAGAUAUUAACUGUGUUCUAAGUAGUUAUUAGGUGAUAGCAAGUCCUUAGCCAUGAACAACCAAGCCAAGCCAUUCAGGGAAAGGCGGAAUUUCGCCCAGCGGCAGAGGGAUGUUGAACAGAUCAGGGAACAACAUCCAAAUAAAAUUCCAGUGAUCAUAGAACGUUAUCCUGGUGAGAGGCACCUCCCUCUUCUGGAUAAAACAAAAUUCCUUGUUCCAGAUCAUGUCACUAUGGGAGAACUUGUCAAGAUUAUAAGGCGGCGUCUCCAGUUGCACCCUACACAAGCAUUCUUCCUCUUGAUCAAUCAACGUGCCCUUGCCAAUGUGUCCAAUACUCUUGCUCAGGUUUAUGAACACCAUCGUCAUGAGGAUGGGUUCCUGUACAUGGUGUAUGCUUCUCAGGAGGUGUUUGGACAAUGAUCUUGCCACCUUUAAAGUACACACUUGCCAACCAUCACAUCACGCGUCAUGUGUUUAUUUACUGUCCUUAUUCACCUGCUCCCUCAGUGUUGAGAGGCGGCAACCAUUAGGUUCCACUAAGUUAAUGCCCAUCUCGGAAUGGCCAGUUUGAUUUAUUUAUUUAGGAAUGUCAUUUGGAAAAAGGAUUUUUUAAGUGUGUGGUGGUAUAAGUAAUUAAUUUUAAUAUUUUUUUGUUUUUAUCUUUGAGCUUUGAUUUAUUAUGAGUGAUAAGCUUUGUUUUAAAGAAUUUGAUAUACAGUACUGAGAAAUAAGUCGCAAUAGAGUGGCUGAAACGAAUAACCCACCAACACAAAACAUGAAAGGGGCCACGUAGAUCCUUACUGUGACUUGGUAAAAGACCAGGGCGGACCUUAACGUCAUCACUUUCAUUGUGUGUGGGUCGAGUUAUUUGGAUACACUGUAAUAACUACUGUACUUGAGAAGCAGCUAUGGAUCUGGAUGUCUUAAGGUACAUAUGUAUCAGUCUGCAAUUUGUUUGUUACGCAUUAACUGUGAUAGCAAAUCUAAAAAUAUAAUCGGUGUUUUGCAAUAUUCAGAGCUAGACUGUCUCAACAAGGUUAUUAAUAUAGAGUAACAUUAUAUCCAACCAAAAUACAGUUCACUUUCUGGAAAUUAUAGUUAACAAGUUGUAUGGUAAUUUCGCCCUUGCCAAUAUGCUACAUGCUGCAAAGAUGACAGUUUCUUAAGUUCAGAGGUUACAAGGAACUUUGUCAAGUUGCUACAUGGAUAAGGUUUCUAAUAGAAUCAAAGUGAACAAUCCUUGCUGCUGUAUAUACAAUUAUGUAAAAGAAAAAAUGUGUUACAGUUCCCAUGCUAGCACUUAGAAUUGUACUGCUGUGUUUUUAUUACAGAAUAUAUGUUGCAUUUUUAAAGUGGUUCAUUUGUUAAAAUUUGUUACCAAAUCCUUGGUAUUUAUAUUUGGCCUAAUAAACAUGUGCUUCAGAGCCAAAAAUAACAAUCAAUAUUUGUUUAAUGUCAUCUUGUAAUUGUGUUAUUUUUUCUUGUGAAAGUCUUCAUAUAAAUAUACAAAUUGCCUUUAAUGUUUUGUAAGUUUGUAUUUUAAUUGAGAAUAAGCAUUCCUCUUUAAUACAGUAUAUAUAUUUUUGAAGGAGGGGGGAGGGGGGUUUACAAGUUUUCCUGAAAUUAGUUGGGAAGUUCAAGGAAAUACUGUAUUCUCUUCCUAGGUCUUAAACAGUUUAAAUAAAUGAUCUCUGCAGGAAGCCUUUGUGAUUGCAAUUUUUGUACCUGGAUUUAGAUUUUCAAUUAUGCUUUAAAUUUGUUGUAAAGUUUUCACAACGACAAAUUCUACAUAUUUAAUGAUUGUAUUCAGUGACUAAUCAUUGGAUUUGAUAAUAAUAGAACAUUAAUCUUAAGAGUACACACAGAAAUCACAUUAACACGAUAUAUCAAAUGAACAGAUCCACAAGGGCCUUUAUGAGGGUUCGAACCUAUUCACCAGAUGGUCCCAAACGCGCUCUAGUCAGCUGUACCACCACACAGUAAUUCUACUAUGUCCUGGUACAGUUGCUAGAGCGCGUCCGGGAACAUCCAGCGCAUAGGUGUGAACCUUCAUCAAUGCCCUUGUGGAUUUGUCAAUCUUAAGAGUAGUGGCCAUCACUUCCACAACAGUAGCUUCGUUAAGAUGUAUUUGACCUGAGAGUGGGCGUGUUUACCAGGGGGUGUCCAUGUAUCGUAUGAUUUGAACUUAUAGUAUUUGUAAUGACUAACUGACCACUACCUAAAUGGUUAUAUGUUAAGUUUUACCUGUCAUUACUCUUAACAGGUCAGUCUUUACAGAGAACACUUAAGUUUGUCUGGCCUCUGCUCCUCUGUUGUGCAAAUAAGUAUUGCUUUAGUUCUUUACCCAGUUCUUCUGUCCAUUUGGUAAUACAACUUAUACGCAUAUCAAUAGCAGUUCCAUACUCUGUAGUCUUUUCUCUUGUACGUUGGUAAUUGAUGGGCUCUAUAUACUCUAGAUAUAAUGUUUGCCUUGUAAACUUUUAAUUCUUAACUCUACUAUCGUCCUUUGACCUAUAAAAUAUAUAUAUCCUAAAUAUAAAAAAAAUAUUACCUUUUUUUUUAAAUACUUUCCUGUACUCUACCCUUUGCCAUACAAGCACACACAUUUAUUAUUGUGAUUGUUUUACAUCCCUUGUUUUCGAUAAUGAAUUCUAACGCCUGUUACUAGACUGGUGUUUUCUUCAAGCAAUAUUCCUCAGCCUACCUCAUACUGAAAAUUAGCGCAUGAUAUUUUACAUAUCCCAUAUUUAUAUUUCCUUUUAUUUAUAAUUGGUUUUUAUUGCAAAUGUAUCUGUGUCUGCCUUAUUAUAGGUAUCACAAUUAUCAUCAUUAUACUGUAUGUAGUUUGAACUCUGGUGGCAUUUACCAUGGACAGUACUACUGGAAUUUGAGGCUGUCACGACUGUUCGUCAUGGUUUUGCAGGACGAACAAUUUUAGUUUUGAUUUUUGUGCAUUCUACAGCUGUGUACAUUUGAAACAAUAACACAGGACUGUCAUCACAACAAAUUGCUACGGGGACAAAUGUUUUGCUUGCAAGCUUCAGUGAAGAUUACUUUUUCAAAGAGGUGAUUAAUAGUACACAAAUUUAUUUGGUUUAUUUAAUUAUGUUAACUUUGUCAUAAACAUGAUUUAUUAUCUACAAUCUUAUGAACCCUUAUUGUGCCAGGGUGAGGUAGAAACACCAAGCCAUGUAAAAGUAUAAAUCUUUUAUCACCUUGUGACAUGGUUAUAUAAUUUCUAAUGAUUUUAAAGCAUUUUCAUAUUGCUUAUGGUUUUAACCAAAUUGCUGAACUACAUAAAUUUAAAUGGGGUGGCAGUGUCUGGUUUAACAAGGGCAUUGCCGCUUUGAUCUUAAUACCAGUCUGCAGAAAUGUUGUUGCUGUUCAAGCUGUACUAUGUAUUGGGUGCAUUUUGCCUUUAGGGAGAUGUACUACACAAUAUAUUCACUUUAAUAGACAAGGGCUUUUGCUCUACAGUAUAUUUUUUUUCAUUAAGUAUUUUGGCAAACUUUUGUUGUCUGUAGCUGCCUGCAGUGACUCAAUGUGAAGAGUAGAAACAGGGAAUCAUGAGUGCAAGUCUAUAAAAUUCUAUCAAAGUAAAUUAUGCAUUUUGAAAUUAAAAAAAAAAUUUGUUUUAAGUAAAUACAGGUACUUAAAAUAUUUAGCAGUUAACACUUAAGUGAAGCCAGUGUAGCCAAGAGGAGCAAGAUGAAUGCCUCGGCAUAAUAUAGUCAUACUGGCUUGGGGCUUUAUCUAGUUCCUCACCUUACAACCCACAGAUUAUCAGUUGGAAGUUUAUUAAAAUGUUAUCCAUAAAUUUUAACCAAACAAAUGAGAUUAUAAAAAUAACGUCAUGAAGUUGUUGGAGGGCAGAAUAUGCAGCGGUGUGCAGUUGCAUCGUGCAGCCGCUUCUAUACUUUGUAUAAAAGUACUUUGUUAGUAAUUCUAUAUUAGACUACAAAAAUGUUGAGCGCUUUUGGUUAUAAUUAAUAAAGACAAUGUACAUUCAAUAAAAGCUAAUUUUACGUCUAAGAUGUGUAAGCCUAACCUGUAAAACAUACAAAAGGAACUUAGCAUUAGAUAAAUGAUAGAGCAGAGGAGCUUAAAACAUUACAUGAUUGUUGUGGUUAGUCUAAUCCAAUGUGGCACUUCACAUCAUACUGAUGUUUUUGGAUUUGGUGUUAGCAAAUGUUUGUAACUAAAGCUGCAUAUAUGUAUAUUUGGAUUUGUAGCAAACAAUUGGCAGUUUAUAUAAUCUGAUGUCGCCUGCUGGUUGCAUAAAUAUAACUGCGUAAUUAAAAAAAAUAAGUUGAAUGAACAAUUAAGUUGCACCUAAUUUAUGAAUUAUUCUUAGAGCCAUUGAAUGUGGAUAAAUUGUCUUGCUGCCUACUGCAGUAAUAUUUGUUUUGGGGCUUUCAUAGUAAUUUUAAGAUGUAACAUUUGGAUGUAAAUAAAACGAAGUUUUCCUUGUACCCAUCUUGCUGAAGAAUUAUAUGUUUUUAUACUGUA